AUGAAGGGAACAGUGAUGAAAAUUCCAAGGGUAGCAGCUACAGUUAACAGGGGCUUCAUCAGUGCUGAGAAAAGGAGUAGAUGCAUGAGGACAAUCCCUGGGAAGAAGAAAGAGUUCUAUUCCAGUUACAUUGCUAAAAUCCUAAAGCAAGUUCAUCAGGAUUUCAGUGGCUAUAGCUGGGCCCUGGAUAUCCUGGGGUCGUUAGAUAACUGGCUGUUUGAGCAGGCUAUCCUGGAGGCAGUCAGGUUAUCCUUCUUCAACCACAGGCAAGUGGUCACCACCAGAGAAGUGAUCGAGGCAUUGAAGCAGGUGCUCCCAGAAGGAUGGACGUGA